AUGUCGCAACUCUCUGAUCUCGUCCAAGACGCCAAGCUGUCAACCAAGCUCGAUUCGGAAUUCACGACACACACCUUCCUCGAGUCGUCUUCGGUAGUGGGUCGACGGUCUAGGCGCCGAGAGCGAGAAGAAAUAUGGAGAAAAAAGAGAUAUCUCGGCAUUGGAACUUUUGGAACAACCUGGCAAGAGGAAUGCGCAACCGAUGGUAACGGUCAAUUGCGGGCUGUUAAGGAGGUUCGCAAGACUGCGAUUGGGGAUAAAUCAAUAGAUUACAAUCGGGAACUUGAAGCUACAGUCAAGUUUUCACAGCAGAAAUUUGAUGGAUGCUUUGUCAAGUCGCCCGGAUGGUUUGAGAACGAAGAAUCGGUUUUUAUAUGUAUGGAAUAUUUCCCACUUGGAAACCUCCAGCAAUACAUUGUUGAAGCUUUUCCAGAGGGGGAAACGCAGCAUAUGACUCUUCAGCUGCUUGAAGGUUUAGAUCUCAUGCACAGUAAUGGAUUUGCACAUCGCGAUUUAAAACCACAGAACAUUUUUGUUCUCUCUAAUAAUCCAGAAUGGUGGAUUAAGAUCGGUGAUUUCGGGCUCAACAAAAGAGUUCUACAGGGCUUGACGGGACUACAAACUUUCAACAGUGCGCCCGCAUUUACGGCCCCCGAGUCAUACAAGGCAACGUGGGAAAUAGAUUUAGACGAGCAGAGUAAAAGCUCAGACUUCGACCCGGAGGUUGAUAUCUGGUCAUUGGGUAUAAUCACCCACUACCUGCUUACAGGGAGACUUCCUUUCACUGGAAAGUACGACCUACUUGCAUACUAUGAGAACGAAUCAGUACUACCAUCGGAGAUUUUGAAUAAGUGUCAAUCUAGUGAGGACGCACUUGAAUUCCUGAAAGAUAUUCUCAAGUCUAGUCCUUCUGAUCGCCUCACGGCAAGAGACGCUUUAGAUCACACCUGGUUGGCGCCUUUGCUCCAUGACUCAGAACCAGAGGAGCCAGUCACAUCGCCAGCGUCAUUGACAGAGAAGACUAUACCGCCAUUACAGCCCCGGAAACCUAGGAACUCGUUAGAUAUUAUGCUACCGGGAACAAUUAACCUGUCAAGUACAUCGACAAUGCUUGGUCCAUCAACACCUUUAACACUGCCUUCGCCUCAGGGUCAAUUGGGCGACAAUGCUCCAUUGACAGAGAUGUUCCCACGGGGCAUACUUUCUCAACAGCAGCAACAACAACCAAAACAGUCGAUUCUGGCUUCUAAACAAGCCAACGACAACCAGAUACAAAUGCAAAGCAACAUGGGAAGCUCUGAAGUGGCCGACGAAGGGUAUAAACAGAUGCCAAACAAUGCUUCACGCCCACCCAGCGCCUUAAACCUAAUUAGCAACGUUCAUCCUCUCCAUCGCUCUGCUAUGGAGCCAGAAUCUCUCGUACAGUCUCAAAACAACGAAUCACAAAUGCACGACUCGUCUCUACGCCCUGCUCAUCUCCAUCAAGCAUCCCAGCUUUCCUCUGAGAUGUCUUCGAGCGAAGCAGGUAUCGAAACCCUUCCACCGUACUUUCGACGAGACUCGGAUGCAGCACCAAUUCCAAUAUCAGAUUUGGACUAUGAGAUGCCUCAGGCGGAAAGCCCCGUCGAGAGACAAGCAAGUGUAACGGAGAGUUCACGGGGAAGUCUCGAGCGACAUAGCUCGGAUAACAGAUUCUCAGAUAGGUUUCGUCGUGUUUCUGAAAGCAUGAUGCCCAAGCGGCACCAACAACGGUCUCAGGAUCUUGGGAAGAAGAGUGAUAAGAAUAUUGGGGUACCGUUAUCUCCGACCAGCUCGAAUUCCACGAAGGCGUCCAAUAGUAAGAGUGCCUCUCGAAAGAAGACCAAGUCUCAAAUUGUGGAAAUUCCUGGUCGUUCGCAGUUUGGUGAGGGACUACCACUCUUCCCUGUGCGAGUUAAGAGAUGA